AUGGGACAUGGUAGUUCCUUCGAUCCCGAUAGAGACAUUCCCUCUCUGGAGGGUAAAGUUAUCCUCAUCACGGGCGGUAAUGUUGGUCUUGGCAAGCAAUCUGCACUAGAUCUAUCCAAACACCAGCCUUCCGAGCUCUGGAUUGCUGCUCGUAGCGCCAAAAAGGCCGAUGCAGUCAUUACUGAGAUCAAACAAACAAGUCCUGGCGUUCAGGUUCGGUUUCUCGAACUGGAUCUAGCAUCGUUUGCCUCCAUCAAAACAGCCGCCAAGACCUUUCUUAGUUCCGCCUCUCGCCUCGAUAUUCUUAUGCUUAAUGCUGGUAUCAUGGCAUGCCCCCCUGGUCAGACUACAGAGGGGUAUGAGGUGCAGUUUGGCACAAACCACAUGGGGCAUGCUCUACUGACCAAAAUGCUCCUGCCACUCAUGACCCGCACUGCCUCGUCAUCUCCCAGGAGUGACGUACGAGUCGUGAGCGUAAGCUCUGUUGCUCAUAAGUUCGGCCCCUCAGGCGGCAUUCAAUUCGACACUCUCAAGUCAAAUGCGAGCGGAAUAUCAACUAAUGAUCGCUAUGGACAAAGCAAACUCGCGAAUAUCCUCUUCAUCAGGGAGCUUGCCGUGCACCACCCUGAGAUUACCGCAGCGUCAAUCCAUCCUGGCACCGUCAAGACAGACUUGCAGAAGUCAAAUGAUGGGAGCUGGAUGAUCAAUGUGUUUCAGAAGGUCGUUGUUCCACUCAUUGGAGUCAGUGUAGAAGAAGGGGUCAAGUGUCAGUUGUGGGCGGCUACAGCUAAGGGAGUUCAGAGCGGAGAGUAUUAUAUUCCGGUUGGUGUAUCAGGAGGAGGGAGUCAUUUGUCUAAGGACAAAGCCCUGGCAAAGAAGUUAUGGGACUGGACUGAGAAGGAGCUGGGGUCAUGUUUUUGA